AUGCAACAAGCUCGCAGAAGUACUCGGCUUGCAACCUUACCAACCAUAGACUAUUAUGCAAAGCAUACAUAUGAAAAAACCACCAACCGUGUUGUCAAGCGCACCAAACACGCAGCAACAGUAACUGCCAAGCGCAAGAAGAUACCCCCCAAAGAUACCAAACAACCAAAAGAUCAUCAUCGAACGAAUGAAGUGGUUGAGACAGGACCCACAGCAAUGGUGGAAGGAGUUGUUGUACGUACGUUUUCAAUGGAAGAAGCCGUUGGCCAUUUGAGAAAAGUGGAUCCGCAGCUUGGCAAGUUCAUGACAGACAAAGAGAUUGCCAAUUUUGUACAACGUGUGCAGAAUGCCGAUUCAUCGAAUCCGUUCCGUGAACUCGCUACUUCCAUUAUCUAUCAGCAGAUCGGUGGCAAUGUUGCAAAAAUCUUGGGAGAACGCUUUGUCAAGCUCUUUGAUCCACCCAAAGAUCAUCAUCCAAGAUGGUUUCCUACGCCGGAAAUGGUAUGGGAAAAACCCGUCGAGACGCUCAAGACAGCAGGUUUAUCCACUCGAAAGGCAGAGUAUAUCCGUGGUCUCGCCGAAAAGUUCAUCAACAAGACUAUCACAAUGGAACUCUUGAGUACUCUUUCCGAUGAAGAACUAUCAAAGUUGCUUUGCUCCGUGCGUGGUAUUGGUCCGUGGACAGUGGACAUGUACCUUAUGUUGAAUUUGGGCCAUCCUGAUAUCUUGCCUGUGACGGAUCUUGGUGUCCGAAAAGGUGUUGCGUUGCAUUUUGGACUCAAAGAAAAGCUUCCAACUCCAAAGCAAAUGCAAGAGUUAACAGAGCAUUGGAGACCUUAUAGGAGUGUGGGAUCCUGGUUUAUGUGGAAGAAGGUGGAUGUAGAAACUUGGGCAGAUGUUUGA